UCACGUGAGGACGGAAAAACUUUUGCUCAUCGCUUUUCGCCUCGCAUUGGCAAGUCGCGUAAAAUUCUCGUGAAAUUAGGAAAACCACAGAAAUUCUCCAGCCCCCCACCCUCAAAGGGGAAAACCUCAAAGUUCUUGGGCUAUCCGUAUCAAUCAGCGACUAAAGGCUUUAGUCUUUCUCUGAGUGUGUGCUUUUUGUGUGUGCGCUGUGUAUUUAGAUGUGCCGGCCUUAAUUAGCAGCUUUUCCUCCUUCUACCGCUGCUCUUGUGUGCGUAAGAUUAAUGAGGCAAAAGUGUUUUAUCGUGUCGUGCGUUAAAUAUUUAAUACUAUAUCAAAUAAAUGUUGCAUAAGCAGCCUGUCAUUUAGCAUCUUGUGCCAAAAAAAUAGUGUGUGCUUUCUGCUUUUACCGCAAGCAAUUUGGACAGACAGAAAGUGGACAUAUACGAUUAGCAAACAAGUUGAUCAAGUACUCAAAGAUAAACAAGAGAUGAGGCCGAAUCAAAAUCCCUUAAUAAACUGCUAGAAUCAAGAGGCCCGCCCACAAUAUUACCGCCCACUUGGGACUUAACGGUGGGGAAAUCACGUCGGUAUUUUGUAGUAUCGACACGUUCCAGUGGCCAAAAUAAAAACAACAACAAAUACAGCAAGAAAAGCCACAAAAAACCAAAAAAAAACUGCGCUUCCUUACCAAAAUUCUUAGAAAAUCCCGACGAGAAUUCAAUUAGGUGCUAGGAUAGGCGAAAGCCCUAAAAAACUGACAAAUGUCAAGUCACAAAUAAUACAAUAAAGUGUCUAUUGUGAUACGUGAUAUUCGUGAUAUAAAUAAAGAAGAGCAAAAGUAUAUCUUAAAAAUAAAACACUUUAAAAGUUGAACUGAAAUUACAACAAAUGUCUGCGUCGGCAGUUGAAGUCAAUGGAAAUGUUCCGCCAGUGGAAUUUCAUAUGAGAGAGCACAUGGUGCAGGCGGGCGUGGCGCCUUUCCCGGGCGCUCCGGCCGGCUAUGCCGCUGCACCGAAUCCCGCUGCAGCGGCUGUUGCAGCAGCUGCCGCCGCCCAGCAGCAACAGCAGGCCCAACAACAACAACAGCAGCAGCAGCAACAGCAGCAGGCGGCCCAACAGCAGCAGCAACAACAACAGGUGGCCGGAGGACCGCCCACCGCUGCCGACAGUUUGUCAAUGGCGGUGGCGGCGGCGGCUGCCAAACAGGCUGCCGAUCCAGUGACCCAAAUGAAAACGGGUAAUGGCGAGGCCGCAGGAUCUGCCAACAACAACAAUAAUAACAACACAGCUGGGGCGGCAGGAGCGCCAGGAUCCGCCGGAGGAUUGACCACAGAAUAUUCAACUGGCUGUGGGGGCGGCGGUGCAUCAACGGCCAAUCCGGUGGUGGUGGCCACCAGUGUUUCCGACGUUGUCAAUGCCUCGCUGUACAUGCAACAGAAGACAAAUCUGUCAACACAAACACAGACACAGUACGACUAUGGGUACGAGUACAAUGGAACCAGAACCAGCCUUGCAGAACCAAGAGUCCCAGGUCCCAUUCCGCAUCCACUUCCACUGACAAAUGGACAUGCCAUGGACAUGGACCAAGUGCAGCAGCCACCAGAACACCAGCAGCAUCUGCAAUCAUCGCUGCCCCCACAAAAUGUGCUCAGCAUAUCCACAGUAUUGAUCGCCAAUGAGGCAGCAGAUUCACAACAGAGCUCCGCCAUGCCCAAUUCUGGAGGCGGUAAUACUGGCGGCGGCGGCGGAGGCGGUGGCACGCCCAAUUCACCGCUCAGCAGCUCCCCGUCCAGCGUAGCAGCCUCGCAGGCGGGCGGAUGCGGACUGGCCCUGAACGGCAGUGCCACCGAGGGCAGUAUGUCCGGGGACACAUCGCCGGUGGCCAGUGGUGAACCGCUCCUGCAGACGCCGCCCUCCCUCCAACAACAGCAGCAGCAGCAACAGCAGCAGCAGCAGCAACAGCAACCGCUCCUGUGCAGCAGUCCCACAUCGAUGCAAUCGGCUGGCACUUCGGUGACAGGCAGCUCGAUAGCAUCCGGCACAUUGGCGGCCACCAGCAGCAGCGGCGUUGGACUCUUGCCCACCACCGGAUUGGACAGUAUCGCCAAUGGUGGUGCAGCCGGCUGUGCCGUGGUGCCGGCCAGCACAUCGCAGGUGAUCGCCCACCUGAAUGCAGCCGCCGCAGCGGCCAGCGGCAUCAUGUCGCCCACCGCCAGUGUGGCCUCUAGUCUCAGCAGCGCCCUAGUCCCGGCCCAGUCGGUCGCCGUCGCCACCCUCGAUGCCAAGAGCCAGCCCAAGCGGCUGCACGUCUCCAACAUACCGUUCCGCUUCCGGGAUCCCGAUCUGCGGGCCAUGUUUGGGCAAUUUGGCACCAUUUUGGAUGUGGAAAUCAUUUUCAACGAGCGCGGCAGCAAGGGAUUCGGUUUUGUAACAUUCGCUAACAGCAACGAUGCAGAACGAGCACGCGAACGUCUACACGGCACCGUGGUUGAGGGACGCAAAAUCGAGGUGAAUAACGCCACUGCACGUGUACAAACCAAAAAAGUGACAACAGUACCCAACGUUGUACUGACCAAAGAUGGUGCCAUACCGGCCCCAGCUCUAGUCUGCGUACAAUGGCCAGAAGCCGCCGUUGCCGCCGCAAUGCGUGGAGUGGCCAUCCAGCGCGGACACGUGGGCGUGGUCGGCGCCGCCCCCUACCAUCAUCCCCAUCAUCCGCAUCACCAUCCGGCGCUGCUGGCGGCCUCCGCCGCCGCCGCCCAACAGCAGCAGCAACGCCAACUGGCCGCCGCCGCCGUGGCCACAGCAGCAGUCGCCCAACAGCAGCAGCAGCAGCAGGCUGUUGCCCAGCAGCAACAGCAGCAGGUUGUUGCCGCCGCACAGCAGCAACACCACCAGCAGCAGCAGCAACAGCAGCAGCAGCAACAACAACAACAACAGGCAGUGCAGCAGCAACACCAGCAGCAGCAGCAACACCAACAGCAGCAACAACAGCAACAUGCCGCCGCCGUCGCAGCUGCCGCUUCGCAUCCGCAUCUGCAUGCCGCCCAUGCCCAUGCCCACGCCCACGCCCAUGGUCUUGGCCCACAAUUGGCGCAACUGCAGGCGGUAGCCGUGCCCACGGCCGCCAGCAAUGCGGCGGCAUUGCAGCAAUCCCUGGCCGCCGCCAUCCAGAAUCCGAGCGGUAAUCCCAAUGCUGCCGCUGCCGCCGCCUAUGCCGCCCGUCUGUCGGCGGCCACGGGCGCCACACAAUCGUCGCAAUCGGCCGCUGCUGCUGCGGCUGCUGCUUCCAUGGCUGCGUCGGCCAAUGCGGCCAACAAUGCGGCCGCUUUGCAUGGAUUCGCGCCUUCGUCAUCAAGUGGGGAAUCAGGUCAGAUCAGUGUAUACUAUGAUCCCUUCUUAGCAGCCGCUGCAUCCGCUGAUCCAAAUCUACGCUUCCAGGCAGCCAAACCGGUCACUGAAGUUCCAGCCGCUCAGCCAGCCGCCAUAUUAAAUCGCCGCACUGUGACUACGCUAAACAGUAACCCACAUACGAUCAACCGCAUUCCGGUUCCACAGAAUGUUUUGGCCACUGCUCCGCUGUUAAAGACACCGCUGUCUCAGGCCCAGCAGCAGGCGUACGCCACGGCGGCCACCACCUACACGGCGGUAGCCGCCCGAGCCUACGGAGCCGCUGCCGCAGCAGCCGCCCAGCCAGCCCUCGGCUACGCCACCGUAGCUGGAUAUGCGCGCGAAUAUGCAGAUCCUUAUCUAGGACAUGGCAUUGGACCAGUUCCUGGAUACGGGGCAACCAUGUAUCGCGGUGGCUUCAAUCGUUUCACGCCAUAUUAAGAACAAUCUACGCCAGUCAGCCAAAUAAUGCACUUGAACUACUCUCGAUGAAAAUGCUCAAUAUAUGAACAAAGCAAAGCAAAUAAGUAACUUAGACGUAAAUACUCCUCCCUACGUGCAGUAAGUAGAAGUUACCACUAAACCGAUAGACGCAGGAUACUCAGCCCCCAACACCAACAACAGACGCUCAAAGUCCUUGGAGAGUUGAAAAUCAAAGCUAAGCAACAAAGAAACAAAAAAGAACAUGAACAAAUCAAUGUCGUCCAGUAAAAGCAAAAAAGCUAAACCAAAAAAGGAAAAUAUACGCCGCUAAACGCAGUUCUAUGGAGUUUAUAUAAGUAAACCAAACAAAAAAGUAAAAAAAAAUUAUUAAAACAUAAAUUCAAAUUGCAAAAUAGUUUUGCAGAGAAUGAAAAAAAAAUGUGCUUCAUGCGUAGAUUUUUACCAGAACAAAAGCUGAAACUUUUUGUGUGCGGCAGAUCAGAAUUUAUAUAUAUAUAUACAUAGCGACAUGAUAUAUAGUUAUUAUAUAUAGGCAUUGUAUUUGUAUAUCAAACCGAAACCAGGAAAAGAGCAAUGUUUGAGGUACUUUUCAUGCUGAAACAUCAUCAGAAAAAAUAUACAUAGACCCACGGUUGUUGAUUUUCAAAACUUCGUUGAACUAAGUUAGUCCCUAUGAUUUACAAAUUAUUCUUAUUAGCAUUGUAGUGUGUAGUAAGAAAAAGUAACAAUGCAGCCACCAUAACAAAUCAAAUUGUAUAUUAUUUGCGAACUGUUAAAGCACAAACAAAAAUAUAUAUUUAUUCGUAUAUACUUUAGAUUGAUAUCUCUAAUUUUGAUUACCCAAAGAAUACUCAUUUCUGUAUUGUACUGUAUUGUCAACGAAUUUAAUUUUAAUGCAUUGCUUGGUUGUUCCUAAUAAUUUUAUAUUUUGGCAGCUAAAACCACUCACUCAACUCUCGACUCAAUUCGAAUUGCUCAAAAAAAUUGUAGCGCAUAGGUAAAUGCAAAAGAUCAACACGUAGACAUAUCCUUGAAAUAUACAAUAAUAUUUACUUUAAAUGCCGCCAUAGCAGCAAAGCGACAACAAAAAAAUGAAAAAUCGAAAAAAAAAUAUAUUAGUUUUAAAAGGUCAAGCUUCCAGUGACAAAAAGCCAUUGAUGAAUGAUGUGGAAAUCGAAUAAUAAGCAUUAAAAAUUAAAAUUUUUAGCUCUUACUCCGUAGCACUUUCCUUGUGUGUUGUGUAAAGAAACAAAACAAAAACUAAAAAAAAAAACCAAAAUGAAAAAGGAAACGUCGUUUCGAUGUUGUUCAUGAUCGGUUUAGACCGAUGCGAAACUUCCCUAAGCAAACUAAGAAUUUAUUUUAUACACACUCGAAUCUAAUGCACACACAAAAACAAAAAUGAAAAUGAAAUCAAGAAACUUUUAACGUUGUGUAUUUUUCAAAUGUUAACGAUUAAAUGCUCAAUGGAAAAACAACCAAACAAAAGGACGUCGUUCUCUAUUUUGAUUCUUAGGCAGCUACUGUCGUCAAAUUUAUUCUAGUUGUUUAUCAACCAUACUAUGCUAAAAGAAACAAAAAGAAAAGCUACUAAUUAUUGUGUGUGUGUGUAAUCGUGCAAUUCUUUAGGUGUUCUUCGAAUUUCCCUAAAAACCUAAUACAAAUUACUUGAAAAGAGGGCAGAAGUAAGGAAUGAAAAUUUCAUCAACUCCAAAGAGCUUCAACUUUGAUGUUAUUUUUUUGUUUAUCUCUAAUCACUUAGCAACUGUCUCAGAUUGUACAUACUUACGAUGACAUAUGGUAUUUUACCUUAUUCCUCUCAACGCACACACAAACAACACACGCACAGGCUAGGGUCCUGAAAAAUCGAAGCAAUUUAUGUCAUACUCACAUUUGUGCGCCCAUUUAUGGAGUACCUUUUAUUUGAUUCUCUCUCAUAAACAUGCAUUGAUAUACUAUUUUUACGUUGACAUUUUUAAAGCCAAAGUUUAUAUUUUAAAUGAUUUUUAGUUAGGUAUUUAGUUUAUAUGCUGACGACAGGCGACACAAAAGAAUAAGUAAAUGAUUACGAACUAAAGGGAAAACAAUAAAGAAAAACAACAAAUCGAACCCAACAAUUGCCAAAUUAAAAGUAGCUUUCAAGUGAAUUAUAAAAUAAAGACGUAAUUAAAUUUAAUGAAUUUUUCAACUAGCGCAACAAAAAUAGUUUGCCAAAAAGCCUAGUAUACUUUUUGGCCCACCCCGAUCACACACGAGAAAAGAGAAAACACACAGAUAUUUGGGUUUGGCAAGAGGGAAAACAUCUAGUUAUAGAGCAAACUUAAAUAUAUUACGGUACGGUAUAUACAUUUAAAUUAUGAACUCAACUUCCACCGCAAACUUUUAAACAAACAAAAAACAAAUCUAAGAAAAACACAAUUUUUGUCUUAAGCAAUGCGUUGAGGAAAGUCAACCUACAAGUAAAUUAUAAAUGCAAACGCAACUCAAUCAAACACUGCAGCUAUAUGAUAACAAUACGAUAUAUGAUGUAUAUGAUAAAGUCUUCAUUUAACCCGAUCCAAUUUGUGACCCCCCAAAAAACUCUGUAAUCUGUGUAGUCUAACCAUAAGCCAGCGCCAGCUUUUGUUUACUUUCACAUAGAUCAGAUGCCUAGGCGUCAUAUAAAGUAUAAAUAUAAAGUAUAUAAAUAUAUAUUAUAUGGAAACUCUAAUCUUUAAUGAUGUGCCAAAUUGUAAGUUGUACCAUUUGUUUUUAUGAGCAAAUGCAAAAUACAAAUUGAAAUAAAAAUAUGAAUUAAAACAUAAAAA